UACGGAAGCUGCUUCGAACAGCAAAUACCUCAUACACGCCCCUCGCAGCGAUUGGUCAGAACUUCCGUUUCGUCACUUUUUCCCAUGAUCCAGUUCGCACGAAUGUCUCGUAUUCUCUCGUGUGUUGGAGAGUGCUAGUGUAACGAAGGCUGCCGGCGCGUAAGGACAUAGUUUGUCGACGUGCAUUGGAUGCAUUCAGAUACUGUGUUUCAGCCCAAGCCAUGACUUCGAAUUACGUGGCAGCUGAACAAAAUAUGACCGAAUUAUCAAAUUAUUCGUUGAUGUCAAAACAAGCAGUGGACUCCAUGCCUAUAAGAAAAUCUCCAACAGAUAUGUGCUUUUCAGACUUAGGUUAUCAAAACCGUUUUAUACCGCAUCAACAACAGGAUUCGGCACAUCAGAGCAUGCCUUAUGGUUCUACUUCACCUUUGUAUUAUGCUUAUCCCCCUGGUUAUAGGGCUACACCACCCGCUGCUAGUUCCGAAGAAUCCCAAGAGAUUCCGGGAGUCGAAACGAGUGAAGUUGCUGGAAAGAGGAAUACAGAUUUUGGCAUGGAUUGUGCUGAUUCUGGAUCAGACAUAUCGCCUUUGGCAUCACCCGCUGUUCAACAGAAGGUAUCGAGAACGCAAGAACAGCGAAUUCGACGUCCUAUGAAUGCUUUCAUGGUAUGGGCCAAAGUAGAAAGGAAACGUCUCGCGGAUGAAAAUCCGGAUUUACAUAAUGCAGACUUGAGUAAAAUGCUAGGUAAGUAACUAUAAUUACUCAUAUAAAUCAAUUCGUAAUAUAAAAAUAGAAUUUUUGUAAUUUGUUAGCAUCUAAAUUCUUAGUUUUAUGAUAAAUAUUUCUAGUUUUGAACCUGUCAAACACUUGAUAAUUUAUAUCAUUAAAUUACAGUUUGAUUGGUGCAAAGCGUGAUAUUGAUUAGAUUUGAUGUUGAUUUAAUUUGUUUCGUAAAAGAUAAUUUAUUUCUCAUAUUCCCGUAAACUAAAUUAGUUUAUAAUACAAAAGUAACUUAUUAUUACUUAUUUAUUUAUUGAACCUUAACAUAUAAAAAAAAUAUGAAUUUAAUCAAAAAUUUUCAUUUAUUAAUGGAGACAAUUCUAUUUCUGUUCGAGAGGAUUGAGAAUUGUCAUCGAUGCUAAAUACUCUCACAUUAUGGAAGAAUCAAAGAGCAGAGUUCUCGUUAUGAGAAAAUGAUAAAAUUAUCACUUAAAAUUUAUCUAUCGAUAAACUAUAAUUUUAAUUGAUUUUUAUACACUGUGUCUAACCUAGAAUAAUGCAUAUUUUAUAUAUAAAAACGUAUUUCUGAAAAACAGGCAAGCAAGAUAAAUUAGAACACGUUUUUACCUAUUUUAAUUUCAUCCUUUCAAGAAUUAUUACUAUAUUUAAAAACAGAAUCAUUAAAAUUAAAAAUUAAAUUUCUCGAUAGCAAUAAAUCAUUAAACUCUCAUCGACUAACAUUUUUAGUAUUUUAAGACUUAAUAUUAAAAAUGAAAUCAAAGAUAUUAAGUGAUGCCGAAGAGGAAAUUUAAAAAUCAUCUAAUAUACUUUCAAUAAGUUCCGGUAUUCAUUUAUAUUAAACAGAUCGUUUAAUUAAUAUGAAUAGUUCAUUAUCCGAAGAAAUUUUACUAAAAAAUAUAAAAGUUACUCUAAAUCCUAAUGUGUUUAAACGGUUUAUAUAUUUUUAAGGGAAUAAUCUGUGUUCAAGGUCAAGUAUUGAUAAAGCUAUUAUUAUCUUUGGUUUUGUUUAAGAUAAUUCACGAGUUUUCACUACAAAUCUCAUUAACCAGAACAAAUUUUAGUUAAUUUAUAAACUAUUGUUCGAAAAUUUGAGUUAUAUACUUUACG